UCUCUCCCUCUCUUUUUAAGCGGGUCCCCCUCCGCGCUGAUUGGGCGCCCGACCGCGCUGUGAACGCCCUGUCGCUAUGUCAGCCUGCCCGCCGCAGCCCCUCGCCUUUGAACUGCCCCGCGUCGCUCCGCGUCCCCACCGCCGGCCCGCUGCUGUGCCCGGCGGUUCCCCACCCGCCUAAAAAGCCGCCCGCCGGGGCCCCCCGCGGGCCGUCGUUCCGCGCUGCACCGCAUCGCUUCGCUCUGCACCUCUCCGCGCCCCGCCCCGGCAGGGCUCCCGCCGGGGACGGCGUUGGCGGAGAACCUGUGAUGAUCAGCUGAGCCCGUUCCUCCCGCUUCUCCGGCUUCCUUUCGGCCUCAUCUUCUUCCUCCUCUUCUUCCUUCUCUUCUUCCUCCUCUUCCCGCCGCCGUCCGGAGCCCCUGUCGCGGCCUCCUCAGCACCGCAGAGCCUCGCAGAGCCGCCCGCCCGCCCGCCCGAAGCAUGUCCAAGCCCAGCGACCACAUCAAGCGCCCCAUGAACGCCUUCAUGGUGUGGUCCCGCGGCCAGCGGCGCAAGAUGGCCCAGGAGAACCCCAAAAUGCACAACUCGGAGAUUAGCAAGCGUCUGGGCGCGGAGUGGAAGUUGCUCUCCGAGGCGGAGAAGCGCCCUUACAUCGACGAGGCCAAGCGGCUGCGGGCGCAGCACAUGAAGGAGCAUCCCGACUACAAGUACAGACCCCGGCGCAAGCCCAAGAACCUGCUGAAAAAGGACAGGUAUGUCUUCCCUUUGCCUUACCUCGGGGAAACCGAUCCCUUAAAGGCCGCCGGGCUUCCCGUGGGGGCCACUGACUCUCUGCUGAGCUCCCCGGAGAAGGCCAGGGCUUUCCUGCCUCCCACCUCAGCACCUUACUCCUUACUUGACCCCAGCCAGUUCAGCUCCAGCGCCAUUCAGAAGAUGACUGAGGUUCCUCACACCUUAGCCACCAGCACCCUGCCCUACGCCUCCACCUUGGGAUACCAGAACGGGGCGUUUGGCAGCUUGAGCUGCCCCAGCCAACACACCCACACUCAUCCCUCGCCAACUAACCCUGGCUAUGUCGUGCCAUGUAACUGUACCGCUUGGUCGACUUCCAGUUUGCAACCUCCAGUUGCCUACAUAUUAUUCCCAGGCAUGACCAAGACUGGGAUAGACCCCUAUUCUUCAGCACAUGCGACUGCCAUGUAACACCCACCCACCCACACUCCCACAGGCGUUCUUUUGCGUGUGUGUGUGUUCCCCGUCCCCGGGUGGCAGCUGGAACUUGGGAUUCCUUCGUGUGCAUGUACAUAAAAACCUGCAGGAGCAAAAAAUGCCGCUCGAAAACAGGACUCUGGGGACCGCCACCGGGCCGGGACAGACGCGGACACUGCCUGGGGGACUCGGAGAUGGCUCUCGCCUAAACCUCACCCUGAGAGCUGGCCCCAGGCUCGGGGAGA